AUGGAGGGGCCUCCCAAACAUGAGUUCACCUUGAAGAACCAUGAAGGGCUUUUACGUGCUCAAGCUUUUUACAAACGGUGGUUUGGGGCAACAGAGAUGGGAAGACAUCAGCAGAGAUUGAACUCAAUGGGAUCAUUGUCGAGUCCCCCAACAUCUCUGAGGCCAUCACCAAAGUCAGACUUUCCAGUGCCGUGGUCAUUCUACAAGAGUCUCCUAUGGGACUUAAGUUCAGGGAUCCCUUCGGAUUCACCUGGACUCUCAGAGAAAAAGAGAGUAAGCCAGAAAUUUGUAAACUGUGUUGGUGUGAAGGUCAGGAUCAUGUUCUGGAUUUGUGCUCUGUUCCCAAAACCCUCAUGUGGACCAAGCUCCAUGAUACCAUGUUACAGUAAACAGUAUCUUUGGUUUUCACUUGAAGAGAAACGGAGGAGACUAGUCAAUUACCAUCUCAAUUAUCAAAACGUGAGAUUUGUUGAAUAUUUUACCCUUGUGUAUGUUUCUCAGGAUUCUCUCGCUAGCUUCGUCAGCCGAUUGUUUCGUUUGAUCUCAAUUCUCCGAUGGGCGCAAUUGGCGUUUUGCGUUCAGCCACUGUUGAACCAUCUUGCCACCAAAGAAUACAUUUCUGACUAUUACGAGAGAGCCGUCGAUAAGUACGAGGCACUUUUCGCAAGACUUCCACCCCCUGCUCGUGAUCCAAGAGUGUUCCGGCGUGAUGUCACUCUGGAGUGGAUGGACCUAAAGACGACUGUUGCCGCCUUAGUCGAGUGGCUGCGAACUCAGAUUUGGGCUAUUGACAAGAACAAGGAGGAUGAUGCCAUGUAUCACAUUCUUUCGACUGAGAUUAUGUAUUGGAGAAACGAGGGAUAAAAAAAAGUAGUUCAGUAUUGGAUUGCUUAUUGAUGAUGUAAAACUCUCAUGGAACUGUUUUAGGUCUUUAAAUUUGUUGAAAACCUCAUAAAAACAUCAAGUGUUUAAUUAAUCCUCCCUUUUGUCUCUUUAAA